AUGGCAGAAGCUUUUUUAGGGUUAAAAGUAUCAGUAUUGCUGCAAACGGGUGUGAAACUAGAAGGCACUGUAUCGCAUAUUGAACCUACAACACAGCAAAUGACAUUGAAAGAUGUAACCCUGUUCUUCUCGGGACAACCACCACACUAUACACCUGUUUAUGGCGUUGUUGGUAAGGAUAUCACAGAUCUCCAAGUGCUAGCAGCAGCAGUACCUACUAGUCAGCCUCAGCAAUCACCCACUGUCAAUCCCAACAUGAUCCAAUCUCUGGAUAACCAUCUACUUGAGAAUUUACCCCCACCUAUUCCUCAACAACAACAACAACAGCAAUACUCUGAAAAGAUAUUGACGCCAGUAAAGUCUGUAUCGAAAAACCGAAAGUCCAGGCAACCACAGCCAUCGGCAUCACAGCAGCCAUCGCAGCAAGCGUAUCGUAAACGAAAUUCAGACGGCUGGGCUGGUGAAGAUGUGGACAUCUUUAGAGAGGAAGAAUUUGAUUUCCAAAAGAAUUUAGACAUGUUUGAUAAGGCCAAGGUGUUUGCUGAGAUUAGAGAAUCGGACAAGACAGCACCAGAAGAGCUACUUGUUACUCUGAAUAGAUUACCACAGAAGAAGGUCAACUUGUUACCCACCGAGAACGUGCUGGAGGUAGAGCGAAACGUGUACCAUGAAGAUGAGGAGGAGGAAGAAGAGUACGACGAUGAUGAUGAGGGUGAAUUUGGCGAUGAAAGCGACGACGACUCUCAAACGCCUGAUGAGUUUGCAAGGAGAAUCAAGAGGAAAUCUCUACCACUCAAGAGAUUAAGCAAUAACAACAGCAAGACGACCAGCAUUGUCACUGCAGUAGGAGGCAUUGCAUGUCCUUCGGUGUCUCCCCUUCAAAUGGCGCACGUAGAACAUGAAUGCGUCCAGGUAUCGGACUCUUUUGGAGAACUGGCUAUUGAGAAUGGCGGUCGAGGUACAUCUCUUUUAGCUCUACAAGUGCUGAGCAAGAUGGAUGUUGUAUCUCCUUCUGUUGUGAUUUUAGCAGGCAACAACAAGAACGGUGCAUUAGGUCUGGUAGCUGCUCGUCACUUGGUCAAUCAUGGAUGUCUGGUGACAGUCUGUAUCACUGCCAACAAGGAAAACCUAUGCAACGCUGUGAUGAGAUAUGAGGCUAUGGCAAGUCGCUUUGGUGUUGUCGUUACGUAUACUGUCACGGAUUUAGGUGAAUCGGAUCUAGUGGUGGACGCUAUAUUGGGUGUGGAUGACAAGCUGAUAGACAUUCAGGAUCAAUCUACUUUUGAUAUUGUGUGUAACACGAUUGAGUGGGCCAACAGGCAACCCAAGCCCGUGCUCUCUAUCGAUUUUCCUAGUGGCAUCGAUGCAAGCACAGGCAUCCCUCAUCACCCUGACUAUACCAUUCACCCCAAAUGGACUAUUUGUCUCGGUGCGCCAAAGACAGGCUGCAAGUCAUCGAACAUUACGGGCGAUCUGUACUUGGUGGAUGUGGGUGUACCUCGAUUGUGUUGGAAGCGAGUGGGUAUCAAGGGAAAUACGAUACCUUGGGGUGCUGACUUUUUAGUGGCAUUGCAGUAUGACACGGCUUGA